AUGCCUGGUAAUAAAGUACCGGUGAAUAAGUACCCAUGGAUAGCAUCAGUUAUUAGAUACAGAACCAUUGAAAUGGAUUGCUUCGUGGGUUACUGUACUGGUGUGCAAAUCUCCAGUCGACAUAUUUUGACGGCUGCUCACUGCGUUGUGGAGCAAAAACCAGAGAAGGAGUAUAACAAAAUAUGCGAUGAAGUUAUGAGGUUGAUGACAUGGGGACUUCUUAUGGAUGAUCAGGCUACUAAUCUGAAAGAACUGAUUCGUUAUGCCUACGAUAAAACUCCUCCAGAACAAUUCACCAUCCGCGCCAGUAGCUCUUGCAAGCAUCUGCAGCAGUGCAAUGAUGAUCAGCUUAAAUUCAGUAUUACAAAACCUCCUCACGUUCACGAAGAAUACAAUCCUUGCCUGCAUGAAAAUGACUUGGCAAUCAUUGAACUUGAUAGGAACAUUCCUUCCGAUGUUGGAACACCAAUCUGUAUGAUAAACGAGAAUGAUCAUCUAGGGCGGAAACUGACUGCAAUUGGUUAUGGGAGAGACCGUGAGUUCACAAUGCAUAAAAAAUUUUCUUAUAAUAAAACGUAUCGCGCUGAAUAA